AUGCCUCGCGACACUCGUUACACCAACAAUGAACCCGAUGGUACACCCUUUCAAGAGCUCAUCAUGUUUCCGACCUUGGCCCCUCAGCUUGCACGUCCUCAGCAUGCCGCACCGCCGCGUGCUCCCCCCAACGGAGCUGGUGCUGCUGCUCCAGGAGCGUUGCCUGUCGCUGGCACUGCCGAGGAGAACAACAAUUUGUCUGAUUUCACGCGUGCGUACUUGUUGAGGUUCCAUAAACGCGGUGGUACAUCAAAAUAUUGGCGAUUGUGCCGAUUGAGCAGCCAGCCAUGUCAGCCAGCUUUCGGUAUGACCAGUUGUUCUGAAUGCGCCAUUGCACCACCCUAUCGCGUAGAUCCUUUGAAAGCGAAGGAGCCAUGAUGAGUGCGAUGGUAGAGCGCGCGUUAUCUACUCGAUCAAUCAUUUGUUUGGCUACGGGAAA